AGGUGUGGUGACAUCAUGGAUCUGAAAAAAAGAGGAAAAAAAAAAAGCGGAUCUUCUGCUCCUUCAGUCCGUCGACCCGUCAUUGUUUCGCUGCUGGAAAAACUUUGCAUCAAAAGAACUUCGGGCAUCGGGCCAAAGUCCAGUCUUGUCCAGUCUUCAAAUUCAGUUUGAAGACUGGAUUUAGGAUCCAUGAACAAGUUGUAGACUCUGCAAGGUAACUGUGCUUCAAGUUUACAAUCAAUGUUUUGUUGUUUUUUAAAUGGCAGGAAGUUUGGAUGACUUUGAGGCCUGAUUGCAGCUUUUUUGAGGACGGACAGUCGCACGAGGGAGCCCUGAGAUGGAGGAAGCAUAUGGUGAACUUUACCAGCAGUUUCUUCGCCUCAGGUCAUUGUGCCUCAGACAGGCAGCUCUGCUUCACCAGCUGACAACAGCCCUGCAGAAACAGCAAGGGGUCUCUGUUCCAGAAGUAGAAGUGAGUGAUCUGAUUUCUAUCCCGGUCCAGUGUUCCCAUGAGGUCCCUGCGUUUCUGUACGAAAAGCCUCAACCACUGACGUCUGCAGGACCAGACCCCACGCCGCCACACGGGGCUGAGCACACUUCCAGAAAUGUUGGCUGCGCUGCUGGUGUCCUUGCUGAAGGAAUGUCGAAGCUCAGCGUGAACAUGCCUUGUCAGAGGAAGCAGGACGUGAAGACGGAGAUGCUGAACCCGUUCAUGUUCAAUACGGAGUUCUCGAAAUACCACGCAGAUCCUCCCAGUAGUUCAAAGCCUUCAGAACAAAAUGGCCCUGGUGAACGCAGAGCUCCAUGCACAGCAAUGAUGCCGAUGACUGAUGGAGGCCUCCUGAACCUGUCUGGAGGAGCCAUGAUGUCUGACGUGGCCAUGCACUCACAUGUUUGUGACUUCUGCCAAGCAGUUUUUCCCGGAGACUCGACCACACGAGGAGAGUUCCUGCGUCACCUUCACACCCAUGUCACAUAGACCAAAGACAAACACUACAGUCGAAACGUAUUUCCCCUCUGCAGAUCUCUUCAUUUCUACUGUUUUUUGUUUUUUUUCAGGUCAGUAAAUUAGCUUUAAUGUAAGAGAAAGAAACCCUGAGCAAAAAUACAAAAAGCAAUUUUUAUUAAUGUGACCUAUUAUGCUUUCUUGAACAGGUUAUAUUAGAUCUAUGGUUGAUACAAAACAUUUUUUUUUGCACAAAAUCAUUCUUUGAUAAUGAGAUUUUAGUCUGCUCAGUUCGGACUAUUUAGAGCUAUUUCAGAAAGAGCUGUUUUAGGGCGUCUUGUUACUUUAAAUAAGCUACUGCUGACCUCAACUCAACGUCUACACUCGCACGUAAAAAUGGCUGCAAACAGACGUGCAAUUGCACAACCGUACAUCUUUGAAAAGCAGAAGUAGAGCCUCCUGCACAACCAACAACAAUGCAGCAAGUCGUUCCUAAAUUUGAACAACAAAACUCUUGUCUUUUCCAGCAGCCAUUGUAGAUAUUGCAGUAAAACCAGCUGACCAGACGUGCUGGAGCUCAGCUAGGGGUUGCUAGGUGAGGGAUGGUGUCCACUGAUUUGUGACAUUACAUUCUGAAAAAAACAAUUUGGAAGCUGCAUUGUGUGUUUAGUCAGGUCAUGCUUCAUAAAAUUUGUUACAAAAAAGUGGAAUGAUCUGAAAGGGGGCAAAUACUUGUUCAAGUUACUGCAAUUCUUCUCUCACUGACAUUAGACUUAUAAUGUGAUGGUGCAGGUACACCUCUGGUCACACAAUCUUUGGGCAGUUUGCCAUUAGUUGUAGUGUGAAAUGAAUUGGAACUGGUUGUUAAGCAUUAGCUGUGUGUGAGAGUCUUUUGAAGAGUUUUACUCAGGGUUUUAUUUGUCCUUUGCUUGUGGGUGUAAAUAAAUUUUCAAUGGAACAAAAAUCUA